CGGCAGUCUACUUAAGGACUGACAAAAGCACGAAGCAACGUACUUAGCGUUAAGCUAGCGCAAAGUGCACCUCACUAAUUAAGCUAGCAACAAUGGCGGCGAACUUCUCUGCCUGCCUCGUCCCCGUCGCCGUCCUCGCGCUCUUCUACCUGGUCAUCUUCCCCAACGACUUGAGCCAGCUCAAGUCGGCGCUUGCCCCAUGCGACGCCGCCAGCAAGAGCGUCGCGGCGGCGGCGGCGGCGGACGACGACGUCGACUUCCGCAUGUUCUUCGGCAUCCUCACCCGCCCCGACUUCUACGAGCGGCGCGCGCUGCUCCGCAUGGCGUACGCGCUCCAGCCGCCGCCGCGGCGCGCCGCCAUCGACGUCCGCUUCGUGAUGUGCAGCCUGGACAAGGAGGAGGACGCCGUGCUGGUGGCGAUGGAGAUCAUCACCCACGGCGACAUCCUCGUGCUCAACUGCACCGAGAACAUGAACGACGGCAAGACGUACGACUACUUCUCGGCCCUCCCGCGCCUGUUCCCCGCCGGCGCCGAGCCGCGCUACGACUUCGCCGGCAAGAUCGACGACGACACGUACUACCGCCUGGGCGCGCUCGCCGACACGCUGCGCCGCAAGCCGCGCCGCGACAUGUACCACGGGUUCCUGAACCCGUGCCACAUCGACCCGGCGUGGCAGUACAUGUCCGGGAUGGGGUACAUCGUGUCGUGGGACGUGGCGGAGUGGAUCGCGGCGUCGCCGGAGCUGCGGGGCCGGGAGAUCGGGUACGAGGACGACGUGUUCGGCCGGUGGUUGCGCGGGGCAGGCAAGGGGAAGAACAGGUUCGGCGAGGAGCCGCGGAUGUACGACUACCUGGACAGGGAGAUGUACGGCGCCGACGUCAACUGCUUCCGCCACGAGCUCAUCGCCGACACGGUGGCCGUGCACAAGCUCAAGGACCGCCUCAAGUGGGCGCGCACGCUCCGCUUCUUCAACGCCACCGAUGGGCUCAAGCCUUCCAAGAUGUACCAUGUAGAUCUCACACCUAGGAUCUAAGAUCUUUAGCUGCUUUUUCACGGUGAUUAAUUUAAUUAGCUAGUUUUUUUAGAUAAUGGAAUAUAUUUCCAGACUUUAUUCAACAAGCUACAACCAAUUAUUAUACCAAAUCGCUUAAAAGCGUAAUUAGCUAGUUUUUUAUAGUUUAGUUUUUGCAAGCAUGGCUGCAUACAUGCUUGCACUUCUUGCAUGAAAAAUGUAGAGAAUGGUCAUACAAAUGGAAGAGAGAUUCAUCUAGCACCCCUUCUUUGAAAUUGCUA